GUGUUUUUAAUUAAAAGUUAUAAAUAAAAAUAAAAUAUAAAUGUAAAUAAAUAAAAAGUUUAUCAAAUUAAAAGAAAAUAAAUUCUAAUUCUUUCUUCUACUAACAAGGUAUUUAGUUAGAGCCUUCCACCCCUUUAGAUCCACACACACAAUCAAACAUUUUACAUUCAUUGGUUGAUACUGAAAAUUCUCGGGUUUUAUUGGUCAAGAGUUUUCAUUGUCUUGUGAACAGUAUUCAGGCAGAACACUCUCAAAAUUUAAACAGACAAGUUUAUUUUGUCAUUCCUUUUAUUCUGAAGACUUGAAGACAUCCAGACAAUAUCAAUUAACAUCAGUUAUUGAAGAUAUUGAACGGUUUGGAACCGGACUCAAUUCCAUAAAUUGAGUAUAAAAAUAUAUAACACCAUUAAAGAAAUUUGAAGAAAGGAUUGUAUUAUUAUUGCUGGGAAAUCCCGUUACAAAAAUGGCGCCCAACGUAAAGAACCCGGGAAACAGCUCCUCUACGACAUAUCCGGAAUUAUCCGAAGCCAGAGUUUGACUUCCACAUCCGGUAAAGCACUUCAGUGACACUGAUCAGUGAGUAACCAACUCGAAUUUGUUUAUACUUUUGUGCACAAAUUACCGUUAGCGACCGCAGGCCUUCUAUAUUCUUUGGAUAAACAACGUUGGAUGUAUAGUAAACUUUAUUGACUACAACUGUAUUUAUUUAUCAUUUGUUUAAGAUAGUAACGUACGUACGGAAAACAAUUGAAGUUGAAAACAGAUUGUAAAUAUCGAUCAGCUGAUCCAUUAUUUUUUGCUUUGGUAUCAUUUAUUUUCUUUAGAGACAAUUAUCUUGUUUAAUCAGUGUUAGUAGUAUCAACAGAAAUAUCAUAUUUAUUUAUGUUUCUAAUUAACUAAUAUUUAAUUACUUUCACUGACUUUACAGACUUUGACUUACGAGACUUGGUUUAGUUAUAAAGUCUGGGUUUGAGGAAAUUCAAGUUAAAUUAGUUUGGUGUUUGAUUUACAUUGAUUUAUCAUUUAGUGGUACAUCAAGUGAACAUUUAGUGUUUAUAUAUUAUUUAAGCACUCAGUACAGAAAAGAAACAAGUACACAGUGUCUGGUCAAACCUUUGUCUGUCUGAGAUGUCCCAAUUAGUAUAUUGUGUAUUACUAACAGAGAUUUUUCUUAAAUACUAGAAACAACCUUAAAAAAAAAUUCUAAAAAUAAACAAUCAAAUACUUUCAAUUAAAGCGGUGUUGAACAACGCGUCGGUUUCAUUGCACAGUGCUACGCGACAAUUUUCGUGUUGUGUUAUUUGUAUAUUGUCUUAUGCUUGUGUUGAGUGAGUUGACAAAUUAUCUAUUUCAUGAUUUUGUGUUUGAUAUUAUUUGUCAUCAUGGCUGGACUUACUCAGAGUGAAUUAGAUGACUUGGCACAAACACUAGAGGCAUUAGAGGUUAAGCCUGAUAGUGGUAAUCCAGAAGAAUUUAAAAAGUGGGUUUUGACAUAUGCAGAGUCAUUGAAUAGAGAGUCACACAGGGAGUCUAGAGACCCCAAUACUGGACAAAUGGUACAAAACCCAGUCCAAUCCAAUCCCCCUGUCAAUCCCUCAGUCCCAUCCCAUGGCCCAUCCCCAUCCAAUCCUGGUCUAUCUACUCAUGAUUCUACUCACAAUUCUCCGAUCCCUAUUCCCCUUAGUGGUGUUCCAAAACUUGUAUUGUUUUCAGGUGAUAGAAAGGGUGAGAUUUUGUUUGAUCAGUGGAGAUAUGAAGUAGAAUGCCUCCAAACGGAUGGGUAUUCAGAGAAUGUUAUCUGUUUAGCUAUUCGUAGGUCUUUAAGAGGUCCAGCAGGGAGAGUUUUAAUGAGACUUGGACCAAAUGCAACUGUAGAUGAAAUCAUGUAUAAAUUAGACAGCAUCUAUGGUACAGUGGAGGAGAAAGAGACAUUAAUGGCAAAUUUUUAUAGUGCAAGACAACAGGAAAGUGAAGACAUUUCAGCAUGGGGAUGUAGAUUAGAGGAUUUAUUGAGUAAGGCAAUAAUACAAGGAUUGGUAAAUCCAGAUGAUGAAAAUGACAUGCUUAGGAAUAUGUUUUGGAGUGGAAUGAAAUCUAGUCUAAAAUAUAUUGCAGGUCAUCUGUAUGACAAAUACACAGAUUUUGAUGGAUUGAGACGAGCAAUGAGAAUAUUAGAGGAAUAUAAGGAGAAAAGAAAAUCAGAUUCUGAUAAACCAGUUCCUGCCAAAAGAACCACAGUAGAAAAGGACAAGGAGGAAACUGAGGAACUGAGGACAAUUGUAAACAGAUUAUCCACUGAAUUAGAGGAAAUGAGGAAAGAAAGAGAAUAUGGUCAAUAUAGAAGAAGAACAAUGACAAGAGGACACUACAGUCAGAGAUACAGAGCCCCAACUAGAUUCCGAGGACAAUCAAGCAGUCAUAGAUUCCAAGCACCUCAAAGUACUGGUUUCUAUAAUUCCAAUUCACAGGGUACAAGAUUCCAUGAUCCUAGCCAAACAGCAACUGAUGAUGUUGUAUGUUGGAGAUGCGGACAGAAAGGUCACUUGCAGAUAGGCUGUAGAGUUAGAGUUGAUCAUCUGAGAGGAAAUUUAAACGGACGUCAACCGUCGGCGAGAGGCAGACGACAGGUCGAAGAAUACAGAGCCUCAAAUAUCAACCAAAACUAAUUAACGAAUCAGCAGAAACAGAAGUGAUGAUUUUAGAAAUAAAGGCCAAAGCCCUAAUUGAUACAGGAUCUACUAUUUCCACAAUAUCAGAAUCAUUCUAUGACAACUAUCUUCAGGAAAAACCAAUUCAGCCAAUCAAGGAUUUCAUUAACAUAGAAUGCGCAGAUGGAAAUUCACUCACUUAUUUGGGUUACAUUGAAACAGAUAUUAAACCAGUUGGAAUACCAAACUGUGAAGCUUUACCAUGUUUGUUCCUGAUAGUACCAGACUCAAACUAUAGCAGAACAGUUCCAAUACUAUUGGGGACAAAUAUUAUCAACCUGUUUCUCAGUAAUGCACAUCAACAGAAUGGAGAGAAGUUUUUACAACAAACAGCAUUACAAACACCAUGGU